CAUGUUUGGCCGUGGUUUAUGGGAUUACUAUGAAUCCGUAUCUGUUGAUGGACUAGAUAGACAACCUAAUGCGGGGAAUAAUCAGGAGAAUAAAAAGGGUGUUGUUGUUGAUUCUUUAACCGCAGAAGAGAAAAAUUCUAGAACAUCGUAUAAAACAAUCAAUGAAAUUGAUCCGGAGGGGAAGCUGAGUCAGGAAAAUGCAAUAUCUGAUCAAGAAAUUUGGCACAGAACAAACAACUUUUACCAGUCGAAUACGACAAUAUUUAAUCAAGAAAAGUUAACUUAUAGGGAGUUAUUUCAUUGGAAUUCUUGGCGACCAUGUAUACUGAAUUUAGUAACAUCUAACGGAUUUUCUUCAUUUAUCAUGGUUAUUAUCCUGUUAAAUACAAUAAUCCUAAUUAUGCAAACUUUUGAAGAUUUCGAAAUACAUGCUAAAUGGUAUUUGGAGGGAAUUGAUCACGUAUUCGGAGGGAUUUACUUGUGGGAAUUAUGCCUAAAGGUUUACGUUUGGCGGUGUGGAUUCUUUAGGGAAAAAUGGAAUACGUUGGAUUUUUUUAUCGUUUUAACGAAUUGGCUUGAUAUUUUAUUGGUUGCUUAUGCGUCAACAUCAAAUUUUAAUGGUGCAACAAUAUUCCGAUUGUUAAGGAUAUUUCGGGCAGUCAGAGCCAUUAGGGCAGUUCGGGUUUUGAGGACCAUCAGAUUCUUAUCCAAUUUACAAGUCUUAUCAUUAUAUAGUCCAAAAGAUAAUGGUAAGGAACCUAAAGGCGUUUGGCAGAAGGACGAAACACUUUCAGAAGAUGUAAAAGACUACAACGACGAUUCGUCUACAGAUUUCCAACCUGGAGAACAAGACGACGAGGAAAAAAUUCGAAAAACUAUUGACGACUACUAUCCAGACGUUGAUGAAGAGUCAAGAAAGUCCUUGAAUCGAUUCUUUAUGUUACUAGUCGCAAUUGAAGCAAACGUAAAAUAUAUGGAAAAACAACAGCAAAUACUUGAUACACUGCUACAAAUAGCUGAAGACACUCCCGUUAACACGUGA